AUGUCCGCGUCGGUGACGACGGAGCACCGGCACGACGACAUGCACCACGCCACGACGCAACGUCGCUGCCCCACGCGCGUGCUACUCGCUGGACCACGAGGCGACCUAGAGACACUUGUGUUACGCAUGCCGCAUACGUGGUCGCUGCAGCAGCCGCUGGAGACGCUGCAGCGAGAGGCCUUGGAGAAGGAGGAGAGGGCCAACGCCACAAGUGCAGUGGCAGUGACGAGGACGGCGAACGCCGUCUUAGCUGGCGGCAAGGUACCCGAUAAGAGCGCCACCUCAGUGAUGAUAUGUUACACCCCCGUGCGCAUGACACUCCCGCUAGCAGCGGCGGCCUCGGAUGAGGAGCCUGCCGAGGAGGGCAUCGCCGACGUGGCCGCUGCAGAAGAAAAGGCAGCGAUGAAUGCAGAGCUGCGCAACAGCGGCGGCAGCACCGUUGAAUCUCCUUUUCGAGAGGGUGCCCCGAGCGUACACUUACACAUUGCUCAGACACCGCACGAGGAGUAG